CUUUCUCACUUUCACUCCACGCCCUUCGGCGCGUGGACGGCCCAUUCACACUCAGGAUAUCAAGAAACCUCACGCACGCGCCAUAUCGCGCGUCGGAAAUACCCACCCUAGACUUCGUCGAAGGCCACCAUCGGCGAGAAAACAAGAACAAGAGAGAAACAGAAAGAAAGCGAGAGCUUCUGAUUGGUUAAGACUCCUUAACAGAACCCAAACCCAAUCAAUCACUUCUGCUCUUGUUCUUUGUUGUUUCGAGAGGAGGACGAGUCGUAAUGGCCGAGUUGACUCAGAAAGAGGUGGCUUACUCGCCCAAGACUAUGCAGCUCUGGAAGGCCCUGCUCAACUGGCUGGGAUUCUUGUUCCAGAUCUUCCUUCAAGUCGUCAGAGCCCUCGGCCACCACCCUUUGCUCUCUUCUUCGUCUCCUUCUUCUUCUGCUUCCGAAGCUUCCUUCAAGUCGCUGCCAGCUGUCGAGUUGCCGGAGAACGACUCUUCCUCCGCCUCCGCCGCCGUUGAAAUCGAUUCUCCUGAUUCCGACUCCGACGAUCCUCCCCAGAAGCUAACGGUGGUGCUGGACCUGGAUGAGACGCUGGUGUGUGCGUAUGAGUCGGCGAGCUUGCCGGCGAUGAUUCGGACUCAGGCGACAGAAGGUGGGUUGAAGUGGUUUGAGCUCGAGUGUUUUUCUUCCGACAAGGAAUGUGAUGGGAAACCGAAGGUAAAUUAUGUGACGGUAUUUGAGCGUCCGGGGUUGCAUGAGUUCUUGAAGCAAGUUCAUGGCUUUGCCGAUCUAGUGUUGUUUACUGCUGGCCUUGAAGGUUAUGCUAGACCACUUGUAGACAGAAUAGAUGUAGAGAACCUGUUCAGUUUUAGGCUUUAUCGGCCUUCUACAACCAGCACGGAAUACCGUGACCAUGUAAAGGAUCUCGCUGGCCUAUCGAAGGAUUUGGGGCGAAUUGUUAUUGUUGACAACAACCCUUUCAGUUUCUUGUUGCAACCUCUGAAUGGAAUUCCAUGCAUUCCAUUUUCUGCUGGGCAAUUACAUGACACACAGCUUUUGGAUGUUCUUCUUCCACUGCUCAAGCACCUAUCGCUGCAGAAAGAUGUGAGGCCUGUGCUUUAUGAGAGGUUUCACAUGCCCGAAUGGUUUCAAAAGCAGGGAAUUCCGUCAACUAGUUGGAAAUAGUUGGAUUGGCAGAUCAGCCUUCCAAGUCUCAGCAGUACUGUGCUCGAGGCAGUGUCAUAUUGACUUCCACAAUUCUUCUGUACAGCAUCACUGUACACACUGCAAAUUUGUUGAUACAAGGGUGUCUUUCAAUAGAGGUCUAAAUGUUGCAUCUCACUAUCGUAUACAGAAGCCAGAAUAUAAUAUAUAGAUUUGUUGAAACCAUGAUUCUUGUGUAACUUUGUUUAUAUGCUUGCUGUUAGUUAUCUCGGAUGCCUUAGCAUUUUGUCAGAAUUUUGUGAAAUUGUUUCCAAUAAUGAUUAGUUUACACGUCCCUCAUCAAUUUGUGCUCAUUUAUUCAUUGGUUGUAU